UUCUGUUUCCCAUCAUGCUUGAUCCAUAAUGGCUGACUUGAUACAGCUGCUCGAAGUAUAAAAAGUUUGUUCCAGUACUUUUUCGCUUUCAGCUUAACCGAGUCGCGUGAAUUAUCAUUUACUUGUAGCUUUUGCAUGGAACAUACUUUAUGACACAAUGAAUCACAAGAGCCUAUUGGAAAUCAGUGUAGCUGUACUGGACACUUAUGACAAAAAUAUACAAUCUGUUGACGAACAUGUCAACAGAUGUCUUAAAGGCUACCAGAUCUAUGAUGAAGAUGAACAGACGUUUAUCGUGGAAGUGUUUUCUGGUUGUGUACGAUAUGCCGAGGUCCUUAAUGUCGUGAUGAGAGGGUACUAUGCCAAAGAUGGAAAAUCAGUACUGCGUUCAGAACAAAACCUUUAUGCUGUAUUAGUGUACCUAGCUUUAUUCCGUCUUGAUGAACUGGGCAUGGCAAACUACAGACAGUUUGUUAAAUCACAAGAUAUAAACAGAACGCACAAGUUCCUGAAUUUUUUCUUCAAUGAGAAGAGUAUCACUGGGUGGAUGAAGGAUGAAUGGCAAAAAUAUUACGAACAUGUCUUUGUACAGACCAAACUGGUAUCUCCUCUUAGAAGGUGGUUGCCGGAGCUUAAAGAGAUGGUCAGUCAGAUGAAGGAGAAGAUAGACAAUGUUACAAAGCCUCGACGAAAAGCUCUAACAUCAACUGAAAUUAAGCCAUUCAACAUUACCCAGCCGAGACCAAAAAGUGUUCCAGUCCCUGAACCGAUUCCAAAGCUACAGAAGCACAAACCUCCGCCAGAUACCUUGUACAAACUGCCGACAGAAUUGACCAAGAUAGAAAAAGUGAAACAAGAUAACAGAAGAAAAGCUGAGGAGAGAUUAAUGGAAGCUUCUAGAAAACAGUUUGCAUGUGCUAACCCUGAAAAGUCUCAGAAAACCAAGGAGAAAAUUCACAACAUUCUUACAGAAGAGGAAAACAAACUUGACUUUGAUAGACCAAAGACUAACAAGGCACCAUCUUUCUUGAUGACACCACACUCAAGUCGCUCAACAUCGUCGAGGAAACAUAAUCAAGAAGUCCCUGUAAAGAUGACAGCAGCGGCCAUUUUACGCGAGGGUGCUCUAUAUCAGAAGAGGGAGGCCGAGGAGAUCAGGAGGUUAGAAAAUCUGGAGGCUGGAGCGAAGGAUAAGUCAGAGUUUGAAAAAUGGCAGAAUGAGAUGAAACGGAAAGAUUUGGAGGCUGAGCUUUCUGAUAUCGAGAGGCGCCGCCUGGAGGGAAAACUGAGUCAUGAGGAAGCGAUACUUGCCCGGCAAAAUAUCAUACAAGAAAACAAACAGAGGGUGGCAGAGAUUAAAGAGGAGACCCAAAAAAUGAUGGAGAGAUUCCUUGAAGAGAAAUUCAGAGAAGAACAACAAAUGAGACAACUGGUAGAGGAGACUAUGAAAGGACAUAAAAAUGCUAAAGAAUCUCAGAAGAAAUUACAGGAAUAUAAACAAAAAAUAGUACAAGAGGUAGCAGAGGAGAGCCAGGAGCUAAUGAGGCGCGCCAUCGAGGAGGCCGAGAUCGAGAUGCGUCGAAGGAUGGAGCUCAUACACCAGAUCCGAGCUAUGGAAGCGGUGCCAGUCAUCAGACAGAAGUUUGUAGAUCUGACCUCGGCAGCUGGACACGGACUGCUCAGUGAGAUGUCAAUUGCUGAGUUGAAAGAACGUGUUGCUCUGCUGAAGAACGCCGAGAGAGAGGCAGAGGAGAAUAAACGAGAUGAAAUACUUGCUGACAAAGAGGCAAAAGAUCAAUUGUUACUCGACACAUUAGAAAAAAUUUCCAAACACCGACUGGAGCAAACAAAGGCAGCAGCUAUCAAAUUGGAAUCACGUAAAAAAGGUGAACCAAAGAAGAUGCAGGUUCAGAAUGAAGAAUUGUCAGCAUUGCAGAAACGUCUGGAAGAGAAACGUCAACAGAGAGUACGGACACAAGAAACUUCACGUCUCGUCCCAAAUACUAAAUCUGCCCAGAGAACUAAAAGCCUUAUCACUCAAAAGAAACAUUUGGAAGAAAGCAGAUGGAAGGAGCUGGAGGCAACAAGGGAGAGAACUGCUCAAGUCAUGCAACAGAGUUAUGCGAAAUCUGCCAGUAGACUUAAUACCAUGAUGUCAGUUACAUAACAAAUAUGUGCUUUGUUCCUUUGAAUUGUGAUAUUUUUAUAUAUAAAACAUUUUAUCAUGAAUUAGAACAUAUUUUAUUGUUCAUAAAUUAUCAGUAUUUUUAAUACAAAUAAAUUAUUCUGUGAUAAACUUUUCAUAUAAUUGAUACGUAAGUUUAUAUGUUUACAUAAGUUAUGUUGUUUUGUGUGGGAUUGUUUUGCAUUAAAACAACACCUUCCAGUUUGAAAAUCAUUUUUUUCAACUUUUCACCAUUAUUUGAGUCACGGUGAGAUGAGGAGGCAAAAUUGCAGAGGGCAGGGGCGUGAGGGGAGGGUGGAUGGUCAAGGAUACCUGGGUGAACUGUGCCUGGAGAAACCCAUUUUUGCUCUUUUUUCAGUAACUUGUUGAUGAUUGACAUAACAAACACGCUAUUUCUAAGAACAAUUCAAGUUAAUUUUAUUUCAAAAAGUGGUAUAUAAAUACUGAUUAUAAGGCCUUUGGACCAGUAAAAUUAAUCAUAAUUGAAUCUUUAUUUAGUGAAAGGUAAUAUAAAUGUUAACAUGCUUUUGUAAGUUUACUGAAGGUUUACAAAAUGUACUUUUCAAUCUUUUCUUGAUGAGAAUGCAGUCCAGUUCGCAUGUAUGUUGUAUGCCCUGUGGGUAAAGAUAUUACUGUCUUAAAAUAAUCAUAAUAUGAACUUCACAUAUUAAAGUAAGAUGCUUUUUGUAAUGAGUAUGGUGAAUUUGAACUCAAUGAAAUACGAGUUUCAACUGGGGUACAUACCCUGAGAUACAUACAUUGCUGUUAUUGUAAAAUAAUAGAAAAAUCUAGUAUAAAUUCACCAGAUAAAAUCAGGUUGGCAAACACUUGUGUUUUUAGUUUUAAAGGUUUCCAAAUCUUUCUGAGCUUGUAGAAUUUAAUUUGUCUAAUAUUUAUUUAUUCAAAUCUAAAUUGGCACAGAAUUCUUUACAACAGACAAUAUUCCUAUGUGUUCUGGUCUAGUGUGUUUACUUUAUUACAUGCAGGAUUUGUAUGUUAUAAAUGAGUUGUAAAUGUGUUAUUAUUUCUAUUGUUAUAUAAUGUUGGAAUUCUUGAUACAGGGCAGGAUAUGGAGAAUAAUUAUUUAUACAAUGGGUGAAGUAUUUCCACUAGCAUUGAAAUCUUUCUGUGUUUGUUAUAUACAUACAACUGUGAACAAAAUCCAACACAAGUCCAUUUUCUGUUUCAACAGAACAAUUUCUAGCAUGGUAGACCAUAAUGGAAAGUGUUUCACCUGAAUUGAACCACAAAGAGAAAAGUUUUAUUAAAGGUAGUGGAGCCCUAAUAACACUGGGUCAUUUCCUUGCUAUUACACAAUUUCCCUAUCUUGCUCUGGCAGCCUUCGUUUGUUAAUAUAUAGUUCAAACAAACAAGGUUUUCCAAACCAUGCAGAAACUGCCAAAAUUGCAUACAGGGAAAACGUUCGAUUGUCAUUAUAGGUCUGAUACCUUAAGACUGAUACAGAUCUUAACUUAGAUCAAGUAAACUCAGUUAUAUCAGUUGAUAAUAGAAUCACAUCUGAAUAUUCUGAACAUAAUGAGACAGUUUUAGGUCCUCAUUUGGAGUGUGAAAUGGACAUUAAAUACCUUUUUUCAAGUAGAACUUGUUGGCACUGUAAGAAUUUUAUCUUUAUGUUAUGGAAUUGCAUGUUCAAUAUAUUUAUGUCAUGUUUUAUUAUUGUUUCCAUAUGUGAUCAUUAUAAAAAAAAUAAAAACAAAUAGUUGA